ACUGAACAUAGUUACCGAGCAUCGCGUUUAACUAGAAGAAAGUAAUGCAUACAGACUUAUCUCCACAUCUACAUUCAACUGAAUGCAAUCUUAUCAUCGAAGAGCUGAAAAAGUGCCAUUCGGAGAACAAAUUUGCCAAGUUUCUGGGCAUUUGCAAUGAUCUGGAUCGGCAAAUGAUUGUGUGUUUGCGAAAUGAAAGGAAAACUCGUCAAAAACUAAACCGCGAAAAGGCGCUAGAAAAGCAGAAACGUGUGCAGCAGCUUAUGCGAGAACAGCAAGGAUGAUGAGCACAUCGGAAGAUUACUGGUACGAAGAGGAAUCGCAGGAAAUCUGUGGCAUUAAAGUUCCCUC